CUGGGCACAUGAGAGAACAGAAAAAAAACUCGUUCAUUUCUAAGGUAACGGUUAACAAAGUACUGUUUUACAGGAAUAGUAAGUAUUCUUCUUAUACAUAUUACAACCGGGAUAAAAGGUGUCGGAGAAUUUGAGAGCAAAAAGCAGUAUCUGUGUUAUUUAAUGUUGACUCGACACAUGCUAACGCUAACUAGUUAGCUUUUCAGUUUGUUAUUAGCGUCAAUGCUAACUGAAGCUCCUUGCUAACGUUGUCACUGCUAGUAACCCCAGGAGUUAAUUUGUGUCACAAACGGUUAACCCGAAAGGGUACUGGAAAUUAGCAAAACAGCGUUAGCUAGCCGUGGAACAUUAACAUUGUGGAUAAUGCGUUAGCUUUUAAUGCCAUAUAAGUCAAUGUAGCAGACGUUACCGCACAUCUGUCAACUCCCUGUGCGGAUAGUCAGGUUAACGAGAUGUUAAGCUGUUUCAAACGAGUUUGGCGAAAAGCUGAUUAAAAUAAGAGAAGGUAACGUUUUGCUCGGAAAUAGCGGAUAUUAUGUAUUUUCUCUGCUGUACGUCCAGAGGGUAGGGCGACAUUUUAAACGAACUGCAUUUAAAGGAAAUUUCGGUUUCGUGUCAGUGGGGGUCUCAUCUGUGCUCCCUCUGCAGUGCUAAUCAAACAAAACAACGAUCCCAAAUGAUAUUUUCGAACACCCAUCGGCCCUCUCCGAAAUGUGGUAGAGGCUCAUAUGAACAGCAUCAUCUGCAGCCACACAAUGGAUAAUGAGGAGAGCAAGACGUGCCAAGGAGAGAAGCUUGCCUCUGCUGUGGAUGACACUCUGGAUGAAUAUUUAAUCGCCCUCCAGCACAAAAACAGGAUCCUAAAGCGCCUUAAAGUCAAAGCACCCAGGGAGAUUGAGUUGGAGCAGCUCGAGCAAGGUUUUUCCAUUUACCUUAACGGAGCCAAUGCUGAAGCCAAUAGGAAGCCACCAAAGAGCUCCAGACACAAGUCUGUCACCUCCCCACCUGCUUGGAGGCCUGCACGUACAGCAGAUGUCUGUAGGAGCGCCCACCAGCUAACUGAAGAUAGCCGUAAUCUGGAGCAGGCCCACAGGAAGAGGAGCCACACUGCCCCAGGAAAGGUCCAGAGGAAAGAAUGGGUGCAGGAUUCUGUCAGAAUUCGAACAGAGGAAGGACCAAGCUUACUGAUCUCCCCAGAAAAGUGCUACUCUGAGGAUUUUGAGCCCUAUGAAAGUGUAGACAUGGAGAGCUCCAGUCCGCGCUCGCCUCGUAGUCCCUGCUCCCCGAGGGACACCUCCAAGGUGUCGCGCUCCUUCAGCUCCAGGCCUGAGAGCCAAGGGGGCCAAGCAAGUCAGGAGCACAGUGAGAAGGUGCUUCUCAACCUUGAGGAAGUGAAGGUCCUACGUCGGAGCCUGGAGGUUAGCAUGCGGCGGAGCAGCCGCGGCUCAGCGGGGGAGGAGUCAGAUGAGGAGUGGGUGGAGGAGCAGAUUGAGAGGGAGGAGAGCACUGAGAGUCUGGACGAACUGGGGCUGCCUCUGUCGUCCUCCAAGUCCUCCUCCAACCCUCGGCCCAGCGGCUCCCGUAGCCAUCUGGACUCAGCAAACCUCAUUGUGCUGGACUUUGGACCCUCAUUUAAAGGUCGUAAAAUUGAACGCUCUCUGUCUGCAAAAAGGAAAGAAAGCAUUGACACAUUUAUACCCACCAAGCCUAUGUUGGUGAAGAGCAAAACAUUAGAUAGACCACCUUCCAAGGACAGCUGGGAUUGUCAGAGGCCAAGGAGUCGGGUGGAGAGGCCGCUGUCAGCUGCCAGAAAAGCAUCUGUUGAGGAGCGGGACCCAGAGGAGAUGGCAUGCAGGGUGCGGCAGGCCAUCCAGAGAGAAAACGAUGCUGUGCAGAGUCCUGAGCUCUUUAGCCGGAACAUGGGCAGGGCACACCAGAUGAUGAAUGGUUUAGUGCACCACAACAGCCACGACAAGGAUGAGAACAGUGUCACUUUGGCCAUGCAGAGAAUCACACUCAUGGGCCCCAGGCAACAACAGAAACUGCUGCAAGCCCUGGAGAAACUUGAAGCAGGACCCAGCUACAGCAUUGCUCAGAGUGUCAAAACAGACUAUAGCAAGCAGCCGAGAAGGCAGUCCUCAGCAGAGGUCACCCCUGCAUUGUAUGUUACCAUGGAGAUCCUGUCAAACUGGGGGAACGCUUUGCAGGUCGGGCUGACUGAGUUGCAGUUCUUCUGCCUCAGAAACAAGAAGCUGUAUGUGUCACCUCAUGACCUAGACAUCAGGAACGCUGACUACCCUGGGAAUCUUGGAGCGCUUGUCAAUGGAAAGGUGAAGACCACUAAAGAGCGUCAUAUGUGGACGUGUCCGUUCCACCCUCCCAUCCAGCUCUACUUCAUCAUCAGAAACACAGAGCGCUCAUCAGACUUUGGCAUAUCUCGCAUCAAAAUCUGGAACUACAACAGAAGCCUCAAUGAUCUUGACAUUGGUGCACGGCAUAUAAAGCUGUACCUUAACAGCACAUUGGUGUUUGAAGGUGAGCUGGAGAAGGGCUGCGGCAACCAGGUCUUUGACUACAGCACCACGGUUGACCUCCAGGAUUUCCAGGUCUCAGAGUCCUUGUUUUCCAGCCCCGUGUCUUCAGGACACAAUCUGCGGGGUGCCAGCCCCCAGUGCCAUGAGGACAGGAAGGGUGGGGAGGGCAGCAGCACCCAGCAACAACACAGUUGUAAUCCACAGCCAUCAAACGCAGCAGGCCAGGCUAUGAUAGAAAUGCAGGAGAAAUCACAUACACUGCUACCACCCAUCACCCCCUCACCAGUGGGAGUUUCAUCCUCCACUCGUCGCUCCUCCACACAAAGAAACUCUUUUGACCUGUCUGCCUCAGAGGAGCCCCAAUCUCUCAGGAGGCCGGUGGAGCAGCCUGCACCCAUGGAGCAGACAGUCACCACCCAGCCGUCAUCCUCACGGGUGGCCCCUCAGUGGCUGCAACCCCUGAACAGAGGAGCUCCAGAGGGCUGCGAGGCCAGCAGGGAGAGGCCCCGGUGGCUAGUGCCGCAGCACUCUGCAGAGCCCAAAUCUCCAUCAGCCUCAUCCUCUUCAAUGCUCCCGGAGCUGCCGUGCAACCCAGGCCGAGUGUGCAGGGGGAUGGAGAGGACAGUGAACGGGGGUCAGUGGAAGGCUAACUCUUUGGACCUGAGCUGCGAACUAGUGGAGGACCUUGGGGAGCCAAAGGCAGACAGGCCCAUUAGCGGACGCAGGAGCUCGUUCCGAAACACUGCAGUCACUGGCAGGCAGAUGGAGGAGCAACACCUCAGAGCUGCUGCACUGUCAAACACAGAGGAGCCAUUGUCAUUGGUGAGCACCAGCAGGAGGCAAUGCACCUCUCUGGCCCAGCUGCACAGCCAGCAGGAUGACACCCUCAUGGAGUCCUGGGACUCUCUCACUAAGUUCAACCAAUGCCAACGUGGACGCAUCUCCAACAUGGGCUUCGAAGGUGACAUCUUUGAUGAGUUCCUCCAUCGCCAGGGCCGUGGUCCCCCCACAGUUCCAGUCAAUCCCUCCACAGCACCCAGGAGCCCACUUUCGUCCUUGAGCACUCAGGGGGCACUUUGUGAAGGCCCUGAUGAUGAUCCAUCCAUGGAGCGGGAGGAUGAGUUUGAGAUCCCAGUGCUGCCCCAGGGCCAAAGGCUGGUCAUCAAUAUCCUGUCCACCUGGGGCGAUCGCCACUACGUGGGCCUCAAUGGCCUUGAGGUGUUCAGUUCCAGCGGAGAGCCCCUACAACCUGCUCACAUCCAUGCUGACCCUCCAGACAUCAACAUUCUCCCUGCGUACGGUAAGGAUCCACGCGUGGUCACGAACUUGAUUGAUGGUGCCAAUCGUACCCAGGAUGACAUGCAUCUUUGGCUAGCACCGUUCACCCCUGGUCGUAGCCACACCAUCUUCCUGGACUUUGGAGCCCCCUACCAGGUGGCCAUGAUCCGAGUUUGGAACUACAACAAGUCACGCAUUCACUCCUUCCGAGGGGUGAAGGAGGUCGAGAUGCUGCUGGAUGGAAGGUGCAUCUUCAGGGGCGAGAUUGCCAAGGCCUCAGGGACUCUGUCUGGAGGGCUGGACCAGUUUGGUGACACUAUCCUGUUCACCACUGAUGAUGAGAUCCUGGAGGCUAUGUCUCGUUACGAUGAAACCUUCCUCGGUGAAGGUGAGGGUCCUGAGGGCCUAGUUCAUGAGGAAGAGCUGCAGAGACCGCGCACUGCUGAUGGAGAAGGAGAAGAAAGACCCUUCACUCAGGCCGGUUUCCGAGAGGAAGACCUCAAAUCGAAACUCCACCUCAACCCCACUGUGAGCCAGUCUGAGGAGAACAUGGAGCAUAUUCCUGGGAUGUACACUGGAAAGUGCCUUAGACUAGAACUGGUGUUGACUUGGGGUGACUCCCACUACAUGGGCCUGACUGGACUGGAGGUCGUGGGGAAGGAUGGAGAGAGUUUACCUUUAGACCUCAGUAUGAUGGCUGCUUCACCCGGAGACCUCAACGACCUGCCUGAGUACGGGCACGACCUGCGCACACUUGAUAAGCUUAUAGAUGGAAACAACAUUACCACUGAUGACCUGCACAUGUGGCUGAUCCCAUUCUCCUAUGGAGAGCCCCACACCUUGAACAUGACAUUCAGCAAGGCCCAGACCAUCGCUGGACUCCGCAUCUGGAACUAUAACAAGUCGCCCGAGGACUCUUACAGAGGGGUGAAGGUGAUCCAUGUGUUCAUGGAUGAUGUUGCCAUCUCCCCAUCGGAGGGAUUCCUGAUCAGGAAAGGACCAGGCAACUGUCACUUUGACUUUGCCCAGGAGAUCCUCUUCAUAGACUUCCUCCAGACGCCCACUGACAACAAGCGUGCAGACGACUACCACAAAGGAAGCUCUAAGCAACAAGAACAGGCCAGCAUGGACUAUGAAGCUCCCAUCAUGCCUUGUGGGUUCAUCUUUCAGCUGCAGCUGUUAACAACCUGGGGAGACCCGUACUACAUCGGCCUCAACGGCCUUGAAUUUUAUGACCAGCACCAUGAGAAGAUCAGUCUCAGUGACAACAACAUCGCUGCUUUUCCAGACAGUGUGAACGUCCUGGACAAUGUGAGCGGUGAUGUUAGGACUCCAGAUAAAUUAAUAGACGGAGUCAACAGCACCCACGAUGGAAGACACAUGUGGUUGGCCCCGGUGCUCCCUGGACUGGUGAACCGUGUGUACGUCAUCUUUGAUCAGCCAGUGACGGUGUCCAUGAUCAAACUGUGGAACUACUCAAAGACGCCACAGAGGGGCGUGAAGGAGUUUGGGCUGCUGGUGGACGACCUCCUGGUGUAUAAUGGCAUCUUGGACAGUGUUAGUCAUGUUGCACGGGGCAUUCUACCCACCUGCGAUCCAGUCGUGCCCUACCACACCAUCCUGUUCACGGACAAUGCCUACAUCGCCCACCGUGAGAGGAAUACUGUCAUCAGUAAUUACGUGGAGGAUCAGGAUGUGAAGAUGACGAACGAGAAUCAGAUCGUCCAUCACCACAAGAAGAAGCAGACGGCAGAUCCGGCUCUUCGGCCUAAAACCUGCAUGACUGAUGGCGGGAAGCACGGGAAGCGGCGGUACUGACGGACAGGUGGUGACAGUCGGAGCUCGAGCAAAGAGAGCGGAACUGAAAGGCAGGAGCUAUGACCGACUUUUCAAGCCCACUUUUUGGUGGGUGACUUUUGAAAAACCUCCCGUAAAUUAAGACCCAAAGCAGAGCCACCGAGCCAUGGUCCAGACUGAAGAGGACAAAGCCUGCACAGAAAACAAGGGUUCUGCACACAAACACACACACACACACACAGAAUUCCACUUUAUGGUUGGAUUACUCCCGUUUCCCUUCCUGUGAAAACACGUCCGACCCAGAUACACGUUAUCCUGAACAAGUACUGUAUGGUUGCCCCGGUUGACCCUCCCACAGUGCCAGGAUAAACCUGUGAGGCUGCAUUUUUACCAGCCUAUUAUUGUGCCUAGUACUAAACACUAUAUCUGUGGCUGCUAUGUGUGACUUUUGUGCUGCAUAAUUAAAUGCUGCUUGUGGCUUGUAAAUAGUAAGAAAAAAAAAAAGAAGCUCCAAAGCCACAUGAAUAGACUCUCACACCAGAAUGUGGC